GUGAACGUAACAUUUCAUUAUUUUAUAUUGUUACUAGUUAAAUAUAAUGCCUCCAAAAGAUCCGGAAUUAAUUGCUCUUAGAAAAGAACUAGAAGAUUUAAUUGCCAAAUGUCAGCAAGACCAAAAAAGCAAACAAGACAAAACCAUUGAAGAAAUAUCUAAUGGAAUGGCUGAUGUGCCAAAGUGUAAAUUGGCCACUAAGAAAAUGCUCAAAGGACAUAUUAAUAAAGUGAACUCGGUCCACUAUAGCGGCGAUAGUAGACACGCCGUUUCCGGAUCACUGGACGGAAAACUUAUCAUAUGGGACACAUGGACCGGUAAUAAAGUACAAGUUAUACCAUUACGUUCAGCCUGGGUUAUGUCUGUGGCUUUUGCACCGACGGGCAAUUAUGUCGCUUGUGGAGGGAUGGAUAAUAUGUGCACUGUUUACGACUUAAAUAAUCGUGAUUCGAACGGAGGAGCGAAAAUGAUACGCGAAUUAUUGGGUUACGAAGGUUUUUUAUCGUCGUGUCGAUUUGUCGACGAUAAAACCCUAAUCACUGGAUCUGGAGACAUGAAACUUUGUAUGUGGGACUUAGAAGCUGGUAAGAGAACGAAUGAAAUCGAAGCCGCUCACUGUGGAGACGUAGUGUCAUUAUCAUUGGCACCGGACCAAAAUAUGUUCGUGACGGGCAGCGUGGAUAAGACUUGUAAAUUAUGGGAUCGCAGGGAACUGAAGUGCAAACAAGUGUUUUUCGGACACGAGGCUGACGUGAAUUCUGUUUGCUUUCAUAACAGCGGAUACGGAUUUGCUACAGCUUCGGAGGACAAGUCCGCUCGUCUAUACGAUAUUAGGUCUGAUCAACAAAUUGCUAUGUACAAACCACCAAAUUCCACUUCAGGAUUCACUUCGUGUGGUCUAUCGGUAUCUGGUAGGUUUCUGUUGGCUGGUAGCGAUGAUAACUCGGUUCAUGUGUGGGACACGAUGAAAGUCCAACACAAUGGUACUUUGAACGGACACGAGAACAGAGUGACUUCUCUGAGUGUAUCGCCGAAUGGUAUGUCCGUGGUCACAAGUUCUUGGGAUAUGAACGUCCGUGUUUGGGUUUAAACGUGGAAACUGUUGUGUACCUAUUACCUAUAAGAUCACUUAAUAUGACUAGUGUUAAAUUCACCAAAUUAUUGGUAGAUGCAAUAAUAUAAUAUAUAUUAACUAUAUAUUAUACAUAAUAUAGUUACACUACAAUAAUUAUUGUAUUCUUUUAAACUAUAUCAAACCCCAAUCAAAUGAUGUUUUGUAAAAUAUCGGAAAACCGUUUAAUAGCAUGCUUAUUCAACGAUAACGCGACCUUAAUACAUUUCAUCAUUAUUUGUCACGCUUUCCAUCCUCUCUACUUUACAAAAUAAUAAUAUGGUAUUGCGAAAAAAUAAAAUAAAAUCUCUCAUUGUAUCUAUCCAUUGAUUAUUUGUAACUAUUAACUGUCAGUUAGUGUGUUAAAGUCUUGUUACCUACCGUUACUCAGUGUUAUUUUAAUCAAUUAUUGUACACAAUACGUAUAUUAAGUUAAAUAUUAUGAUUUUGAGUUA